GGAAAAAAAAAGAGAAUAGCUUAGUGACCCUCUCCAAUCAUAUCAAAUCACUCCAGUGUGGGUCUCUUGAGAGUGAGUUCUCUUCUGGUCUUCAGGCGUUUUGUGCAUUUCCUGCAACAUGCUUGAUUCUUCGACAUUUGCUCGUCGAAAAAUCUUCCUUGCUGCAAAUAAUUCCUCGAACAAAUCAAGAGAAUGCCUCACCAUUACGAGCAAGUUAGAUCAUCAACUUCAGCGGUUAGAAGAUGGCGAGAGGAUGAGGAAUUUCCAAGUCGUGGCAAGCUAUAUUUGCUCUGCCUUACAAUAUGCAUAGGAGGACUCCAAGUUGUUUGGGCAACAGUAAUGGCCCAAGGAUCUAGUUAUCUCAUUUCCCUUGACUUACAACCCUCUGUGGUAUCUCUGGUCUGGCUAGCAGGGCCAAUCUGUGGCACUCUGCUCCAACCAUAUAUAGCAUACAAAAGUGACUUUUGUACACAUAAAUGGGGACGAAGAAGGCCCUUUAUGAUAUACGGUACGAUCGCUACAAUAGCUUGCAUCAACGCUCUUUCAUGGACAAGCGAAGCCGUUCGAUUGAUCUGCAACCUCUUGGGAGUGUCAGAUCACGGAUUUGGUGCAAAAUUUGUCGUUCAGGUACUCGUGAUCGCGGGGGUGUGGCUACUGAAUAUCGCCAUUCAGCCUGUUCAGGCGAGUAUCAGGGCGUUGAUUGUGGAUGUAUGUCCGGGCUCUCAAGCAGCUAAAGCAAAUUCUUUUGCAAGCAUUGCGGUCAUUAUUGGAAGUGCAAUCGGAUAUGGUUGUGCAUUUAUUGAGAUGCCCAAAGGACCUGCUUGGUUGACCAAUCCACAGUUCAAGGGUCUCUGCUUCAUUGCCUCUGUUUCGCUCGGUGUCACUGUCGCUAUCACAUCUGUAAUGAUUGAGGAGAAGGCGAUAGAUAUUGAGAAUGAUACAUCCGAAAAAUCGGGGCUCCGAAAAAUAUGGGUGGAAAUAUACAAAGCGAUUAGAACACUACCCCCAACGAUCAAAACAAUUAUGGCAGUCCAGUUUUGCGCUUGGUUGGCUUGGUUCCCAUUUCUCUUCAAUAUUGUAUUAUUUUUGAGUAGACUUUAUGAAGUUCAAACACUUUCCGAAAAAAUGGGACCACCCUCGACCAAAUUUUAUAACGGCCUUCGACAGCAGUCAAUCCGACAUGCUACCCUUGCAAUGUUAGUCUUCUCGAUGGUGGCACUUGUCACGAACCUUUGUCUGCCUUAUCUCAUCAUCAAUGCGGAUUGCCCGUCUCCCUCAGAACUAGAGUGGCAGAAGGGAGAGCAAUCCACGGGUGCAAAAUCUCACAUCUUCAUGGCAUUGCGAAAAAGACUUGUGAACCGCGUCACACUUCCCCGAGUGUGGAUGAUAUCACAUAUCAUCAUGGCUUUCGCACUAUUUGGGGUGACUUUCGGAGGAGACGGUUUCAUGACAAGUGUUUUAUUUGUCUCAUUGUUGGGCUUUUCUUGGACACUUACCCAAUGGGCCCCUUUUGCCAUGAUUGCCACUGAGAUAGCUUCUUCUUCUAUAACAAAUUUAAAAAGCCUGGAAACAGACACAGAGGAUCAAUCCGCUAGUCUGGAGAGUAUAGCGGACCUGAGGCCGAGGGCCGGUAUAACGAUGGCUAUACACAACAUUGCCAUUGCGACACCACAGAUGCUGUCAGCUGUAGUGGGAGCUCUAAUCUAUUGGGUAUGUAGACAAUCACAUACUGGAGAAACUGACGCCAUGAGAUGGGUAUUGAGAACGGGAAUUGUGGCUGGUUUGUGUGCUGCCUGGUGUGCACGGAAAUUAUGAUCGAGUUUGCUGUUGAGUUUGACCUUGAUUAUUCUAAUAAUCCUCAACCCAUUCUCUAGUUGACUAGGUUACGCAAAAUUAGUCUAUGUAGAAACAUUCAAACCACCACCACCACUCCACAGACUUCCGAAAUUUCAAUCCAGACUUGAAUAUUGCUUGCUUGCAUGCCUCGGGUACACACAAAAGAAUUAGAAUCUACAAGAAUAUUCAAAAUGACUUCUAUCA